AUGCUACGAUCUACGAUUCCUCUUCUGAUGAAAAGCGUUCCGCAGAAAGCAAUGACGAACUCUACUUUCGCCUUGAAUGCGCCGAAGAUCACUUUGACCAAGGUGGAACAGCAUAUAUGCAACUUGCUUAAUGACUAUACGGAUCUGUACAACCGGGAGCACCAAGAUAAGCCCGAGCCACUUACGCUCCGCAUCACUGGCGGUUGGGUGCGCGAUAAGCUGCUGGGGCAAGGCUCUCACGACUUGGACAUCGCAAUCAAUGUCAUGUCAGGUGAACAAUUCGCUACCGGUUUGAAUGAGUAUUUGCAACAACAUUAUGCCAAAUAUGGAGCCAAGCCCCACAAUAUUCAUAAGAUCGAUAAAAACCCUGAGAAAUCCAAGCAUCUGGAGACCGCUACUACUAAACUUUUUGAUGUGGAAGUGGAUUUUGUCAAUUUGAGAUCGGAAAAGUACACUGAGCUUUCCAGGAUUCCCAAAAUGUGUUUUGGUACGCCCGAAGAAGAUGCCUUGAGAAGGGAUGCUACGUUGAACGCUCUUUUCUACAACAUUCAAAAAGGCGAAGUGGAGGACUUUACCAGGAGGGGCCUGCGAGAUUUGAAAGACGGAAUUCUGCGUACUCCGCUUCCAGCCAAACAAACGUUUUUGGACGAUCCUUUGAGAGUUUUAAGAUUGAUCCGUUUUGCCUCUAGAUUCAACUUCUCCAUAGACCCAGAAGUGAUGGCUGAAAUGGGCGACCCUCAGAUAAACACUGCAUUCAAUUCAAAAAUAUCUAGAGAGCGUGUCGGAGUAGAGAUGGAGAAAAUCUUGGUGGGACCAACUCCCUUGUUGGCUUUGCAACUGGUUCAAAAGGCGCAUCUUGAUAAUGUCAUUUUUUUCUGGCACAAUGAUAAAUCAGUUGUAGAAUUCAACGAAAAGAACUGCCAGGAUAUGGACAAAAUCAGCCAUAUAUACGGCGAUAACAUACUGAACUCGCACUUGCAAAAUUUUAUUGAAUUAUAUCCAAUGUUUUUGGAGAAACUUCCUGUUUUAAGGGAAAUGAUUCGCCAAUCGCCGAGUUUCCAGCAGAACUUUAUAUUAAGUGCGACUUUGUCCCCUAUGGCUAACUUGAAAAUUAUUGGGAACCCAAAGAAAAAGGUUAAUAACCUGGUUUCUGUCACAGAAAGUAUUGUGAAAGAGGGACUAAAGUUGAGUAAAAAUGAUGCAGUAAUCAUUUCCAAGACUGUGGAUUCAAUAAGCUCAUAUGAGGAAAUGCUUUCGAGAUUUGCGGGUCACUCGCAAAUGCAAAAGUCUGAAAUCGGUAUAUUUUUGAGAAAUUUCAACGGUGAAUGGGAAAUCGCUCAUUUUGCGUCCCUUUUGGAUGCAUUUUUGAAGAUUCCUAAAUCUGAAGCCCAAAAAAUUGAAUCUCUUUUUCAAAAUUACAAUGGUUUUUAUUCGUACAUAUAUCACAAUAAUUUGAACAAUUGUCAUGAGCUAAAGCCCAUAGUGGACGGCAAGCAAAUGGCAAAUUUGCUUCAAAUGAAACCUGGUCCAUGGUUAGGUAAGAUUAAUAAUGAAGCGAUUGCAUGGCAGUUUGAUAAUCCUGCGGGAACCGACGUUGAAUUGAUAGGUCAUUUAAAAAGUAUACUACCAAAAUACUUAUAG